AUGAGCGCUAGCAACAGAAAGAGUUUCGAUGAUUGUAAGGUGAGCUGGCCGGAUGCGUCGCCAGCCGCCUCCCGCACGCAGGGCAAAGACAAGCUUGAAGCAAGUACUGCCCGACCCAGCCGUGAGCGCGAGGUCGCCGCAGCAUGUGCGGCUUUGUCAGAGAGCGUCGAGGCAGGUGACACUGCUUGGUUUGAGCGGGUCAUCAUUCAGCUGCGGAGCAUUUUGCUGGAGAAGCAAACUGAGGAUGCCGCAACGCAGGCAGAGACCGGCCGGACGACGUUUCCCAUCCGAGCGGAUCCUCUAAAGCAAAAGCCUCCGACGACCUCCUUGCCUCCCAAGCCUUCCGUGGCUACUGAAGUGCCCAAAACGCCCAUUUCCACACCGAGCUCCUUGGGCUCACAGCAAACGGAAGCUCAGCCACCCUGGCUCGAAGCACUUCGGCUCUUGGAAGAGGCGGCGAAGCCGAAAACAGAUGCUGGCAGACCUCCUGCAAAGGGAUACUUCCCUGCUCGUGUGCAAGCGGAAGCGACGCUUUCUGGAGAGGAGAAGCUUCAAGCAUACUUGGACUCGUUCGCCAACACGCAGGUGAAGGACGAAGAGGAGGACCCGGCUUGGGCACGUGCCAUUCGCAUUCUGGAGGCGGUGCCUGUGGGUCAAGGACAGCGCUUGCAGAAGGCGCCCAUGCAGCCUCCCGUGCAGCCGCCGCCGACACAGCCUCGCCCGGUCCCUCGGACGUUCCCUGCGGCCGGCGCUGGAGGCGAACUUGAGGAUCCCGGCCGGUCCACACGAUUUCAGUCGUACCAGAGGCUCCUGCAGGAUGGUGCAGGAGCCGAGCCCGGCGCCUCCCUGCCGGUGCGCUUCGGGAGCCGUCGAAGCGAUGCAGCCCCGAGCCAGCGGCCUGCUCCGGUACCGGAGAGUGGUGCUGGGACGAAGGCGAAUGCUGCCGGAUCCACGCCCACGAUGCCCUCAAGCAGCCCACCGCACUCUCCUACUUCAGGUUCCGCCACGGCUCCUCACAGGGCGCCGCGAGAGGAGGCGGUGGGCACCGGGCGCGGCCAUCUGGUCUCUGCGGUACCCUCCACUGCCACGGAGGUGGAGGAUGCCGAUCUUCGGAAGGAGGAUUUCGUCUGGUCGGAACAUGAGUUCAACGACGGGGAGAAGGAGAACCGUCGAGUGCUGAAGGAAUUCACCCGGGAGUUCAAGAAGAUGGCGGAAGCCACACCCGAUGGAGUCCGGAAUCCAAAGCUGUUGACCGCGGCUUUGGAUCUGGCCUUGGCCUGCGUCAAAUGCUACGAGCUCGACAAGGCCGAUGCCAUCUACCGCCGUGUUCUCGGGGAGUGCCGACGGCGCGGCAUGCCGUGGGACGUGAAAUGCUUGCAGGAUUUGGCAACGCUGCGCU